CCCCAUCCCCGUGGUGUCCCCAUGCCUGGAGCUGUCCCCGUCCCCACACUGUCCCUGUCCCCAUGGUGUCCCCGUGCCCGGGGCUGUCCCAUCCUCUGUGGGUCCUGUCCCCUUCCCUGGGACCAUCCUGCCCCCAUGGUGUCCCCAUCCCAAGGAUAUCUGCAUGCCCAGGGCUGUCCCAUCCUCCUUGGCCUUGUCCCCUUCCCUGGGACCAUCCCAUCCCCAUGGUGUCCCCAUCCCAUCCCCAUGGUGUCCCCAUCUCAUCCCCAUGGUGUCCUCAUCCCCAUGCCUGGAGUUGUCCUCGUCACUGCAACGUCCCCAUCCCCAUGACUGUCCCCGCGGUGUCCCCAUGCCUAGAGCUGUCCCCGUCCCCUGGUGUCCCCAUCCCUAGGGAUGUCCCCAUCCCCUCAGUGUCCCUAUGAUGUCCCCAUCCCUGGGGCUGUCCCCGUCCCUCGGUGUCCCCAUGGUGUCCCCAUGCCGGGAGCUGUCCCUGUCGCCAAGACUGUCCCCGUCCCUGCGAUGUUCCCCAUGCCCGAGGCUCUGCCAUGCCUGGAGCUAUCCCGUCCCCGUGCCCGCGGCGUGCCCGUGCCGGGGGUCCCCGUGCCGGGGGUCCCGGUGGGGACGCUGCGGGGGUGGCGGCAGGCGCGGGUGGCGACGUGCGCCCGGGAGAUCGCGGGGGCCCGCGGCAACGCCGAGCGGCUGCGGGAGCAGAACCGGCGCCUGCUGGCGCGGCUGGAGGCCGAGCGGGCCGAGGUGGCCAGGCUGGCGGCUGCCCUGGCCAGCCGCAGCGCCCAGCACGGCCUGGAGACCCGGCGCCGGGAGCAGGAGCUGGCCCGGCUCAAGGAGAGGAUGGCGGAGAGGAGGGACCGGCGCCCCGCCAUGGAGCUCCUGAACGCAGUGCCGCGGGCGGGCGGGCGGCGGGGGGCCUGGAGGCCCCCGAGAGCGCCUGGCACGUACGAGCCGCAGAGGGGCUGGUGGGGGAGGCUACGGGGGCGGGAAAUGGGGCUGGGGGCUCCCAGGGGCUGGGAAAUGGGGCUGGGGCCCCAGGGUAGGGAAAUGAGCCUGGGGUGGGGGGUCCUGGGAUGGCACUGA